AUGACGAACCCCAGCAAUAUCCCCCUUGGAGUAUCACGCCACUCGAGUACCCCAGCUUCAUUAUCAUCAGAUCCAGGGAGCAUUCCACCCUUGUCCAGGGCGACAGUCGUUAAGCAUCCAAAGGUCCGGAAGACUGUGAGCAGCUCGAGGAGCAAAGCUAAUAUUUCAAAGCAAAAUAAAGACCAGAAAAAUAAAGAAAAAUCAGCGCUCGUCACUCCUUUAGAAUAUGCGCAGAAGUUGAAUCUUGACUUGCCAAAGAAGCGCAAGUCUGAUUACCUCAAGGGAAAGCAAAUAUUGUAUGUCGGUGGGGACAUGCAGUAUGCAGGCAUCCUGACGCGUGGUCGCAUGGACUACAUCAUCAAGCAUGGUGGCACCUUGGUACCAUCGUACGACCCUACUACUGUAACUCACAUCGUGACGGAUGCGACAACUCGCCCGACCCUGAAAGCCCUCGGACUAAAAUCGUUGAAAGAGAUCCCUGACAAUAUCCCAACGGUCACUUGGAGUUGGGUGAUAUCCGGGUACGGUCGUUUGGGCUAUAACAAGCUCAGGGGCAAACACGAUGAAGAAGCAAACGAUACGAAAGGCAAGGCUAACGCCAUAGAUGAUGAUGAAAGUCUUCUCGAUUUCGAAUUUCUACACGCGGCAUUCCCUCAACGCAUCCAUGCCGGUAGAAGCUGGCAGAAGAGAGGACAGGGAAAUUUGGUUCAAACAAAGGUACAAGUAACCGCCUCUACGGACGACCUUGGUGGAGAUUUCAGUUACAUUUCGUACGUCUGCUCGCCAAAGCUAGUGGUUCUUCCUCCUGCACCCCUUACAUUUGUUCCCACGGGGAAAGCUUCCAGCACAGCCCAUAAUAAUAAUAACCAAAGCAAUCACAAGCCACAGUCUAAUACAGAAGACCCUCUUGCUGAAUUUUACGAGAAAGCGAGGGCUGAACGAGCACAAGCUGUAAGUCGUAACACCGACGAGAGCGAUCAAGAAGAAGAGUUUUCGAAACCAGCACAUGUUCCACGGCGGGGUUUUACAUGCGACCGAAAGGAACCUGAGCAGCGCGAAUGCAUGAAUCAAGAUAUCAUUGAAAAGCUGGAGGAACUCAUGGAGUUGCACAAGGCAAAACUAGGUGAAGAUGAUCGUUGGCGAGUGUACAGCUACUCGAAAUGUAUUCGUGCCUUGCGCAAUUAUCCAAAGAAAAUCAAAUCAUUCAAUGAGGCCCGGUCAAUCACGGGCGUCGGUGAGAAGACUGCCCGAAAGAUCAUGGAAAUCAUCGAAACCGGUGAUUUGAGACGCAUUGGCUACGAAAAAACGGAUGACGUCGAAGCCGUUAACUUAUUUCAGGGGAUAUAUGGAGUCGGCCGACAAAUAGCUUAUAUGUGGUAUAAUAACGGAUGUCGGACGCUAGAUGAUGUCCGAGCUCGGAAAGGUGGCAUUAAAUUAUCUCGCGCGCAGGAAGUGGGUUUACAAUUCUAUGAUGAUAUCAAUGAUAGAAUGCCACGCAGUGAAGCAGAGAGUAUCUUCAACUUGAUUAGACCCAUUGCUCUUGAGCUCGACGAGCACCUUUACAUUGAUAUCAUGGGUAGUUUUAGAAGGGGCAAAGCUACUUGUGGCGACAUUGAUAUCAUAGUGACUCGACCAACCUCAGAUGGGAUAACACAUGCAGGUCUUCUUCCGGAGCUGCUUGCCCGUCUGCAUGCUGCAAAGAUCCUGACAGAGGAUUUGGCAUUGCCUGAUGAUUUUUCCGCUCUCGAAUUAUGUUAUCGUGGAUUGUGUAAGCGUCCCGAACCGGAUGCAAAGCAUCGACGCAUCGAUAUCUUAUGCGUUCCUUGGGAGAACAGAGGAGCAGCCCUCCUUUACUACACGGGUGACGACAUUUUCAAUCGGGCCAUGAGAAUGAAGGCAAAUGUUCUCGGGUAUUCUCUCAAUCAACGAGGUUUGUAUGCAGGCGUGGUUCGAGACCCCCGGAACAGACGUGUCAAGAUUUCUGAAGGCAACAUUGUUGCGUCCGAGACAGAAGAAGAAAUAUUUAAAAUUCUAGGGGUACCAUGGCAGGAGCCGCAUGAGCGUGUACGGGGUUGA